GGUUUCUUUUGUGGCGUUGUUGACUGUCAUCAAACCCCACCUCCACCACUCCUCAAAAACCAUUCAUUUUCCGUCCUCCUCAACAUUUUUCUCUGUCGUUCUUCUUCUUGUUCUGUGUAGCAGAGCUUUGUGUUAAGUGCUUCUGCCAAGACCCAUUUGCGUGACUGGGUUGAUGAAUCCAUCAUUUUCGUUUGCUUUAUUCCGUAGAUUUGAGACCCGAUCGGUGAGCUAUUGAUUGUUAUAUUAGGUGGAGGAGUAUAUAAGGUGACUUUGGAGGAGAAUCUGCUCAUUUCUCUUUCUCAGGAAUGGCAUCUGUUGGUGUAGUGCGGGCUUCUGGAUUUAAAGAUCCUAUUGGUAAUGCUAUUGGUGUGGACAGGUUACCUGAUGAGAUGAAUGAUAUGAAAAUCAGAGAUGACAAGGAAAUGGAAGCAAAUAUUGUUGAUGGCAAUGGAACGGAGACAGGUCAUAUAAUUGUCACAACUAUUGGUGGCAAAAAUGGGCAGCCAAAACAGACCAUAAGCUAUAUGGCUGAGCGCGUUGUUGGACAAGGAUCUUUUGGAGUAGUCUUCCAGGCCAAAUGUUUAGAGACCGGUGAAACUGUUGCUAUUAAAAAGGUUCUUCAAGAUAAGAGGUACAAGAACCGUGAGCUACAAACAAUGCGCCUUCUAGACCACCCCAAUGUUGUUUCUCUCAAACACUGCUUCUUCUCAACAACUGAAAAGGAUGAGCUCUACCUUAAUUUGGUGCUUGAAUAUGUUCCUGAGACAGUCCAUAGGGUGAUUAAGCACUACAAUAAGAUGAAUCAAAGGAUGCCACUGAUAUACGUGAAACUAUAUUUUUACCAGAUUUGUAGGGCUCUUGCUUACAUUCAUAAUAGCAUUGGUGUGUGCCACAGGGACAUCAAGCCUCAAAAUUUAUUGGUUAACCCACAUACACACCAGCUAAAACUAUGCGACUUUGGAAGUGCCAAAGUUUUGGUGAAAGGGGAACCGAACAUUUCUUAUAUUUGUUCUAGGUAUUAUCGAGCACCAGAACUCAUAUUUGGUGCAACUGAAUAUACAUCUGCAAUAGAUAUUUGGUCUGCUGGCUGUGUUUUGGCUGAGUUACUGCUUGGACAGCCUCUCUUUCCUGGUGAGAGUGGAGUCGACCAGCUGGUUGAAAUUAUCAAGGUUUUGGGCACACCAACUAGAGAGGAAAUUAAGUGUAUGAACCCAAACUACACAGAGUUUAAAUUCCCACAAAUUAAAGCUCACCCAUGGCACAAGAUAUUCCACAAGCGAAUGCCCCCAGAGGCUGUGGAUCUUGUAUCAAGACUGCUGCAAUACUCUCCCAACCUUCGAAGCACUGCUCUAGAGGCCUUGGUUCAUCCCUUCUUUGAUGAGCUACGUGAUCCUAACAGCCGUCUACCUAAUGGGCGUUUACUGCCCCCAUUGUUCAACUUCAAAGCUCAUGAGCUGAAAGGAGUGCCAGCGGAGAUGCUGCCACGGCUUAUCCCAGAGCAUGCGAGGAAGCAGUGUGCUUUCCUUGGGUUAUGAAUGAUGUUGGUCUCUGUCUAGUUACUGCUUUCAACUUCAACCUGCUGGAAAAUGAUAACAGCUGUAGAAAGUAGCUGUUUCUAGUUUACAUGAUCCUACCAAAGCUGUGUUAUAUUGUCAUGUUCACUUGUUCUUUUAUUCCCUUUUUUUCUUCCUUCUUGCUGAUGCCACAUAGAUAGUAUGUUCAGAUGACACCCUAUGAUUUAUUUUAUUUUUCGAUUUCUGUUUUCGGUGGUUAUGGAACUGUAGUUAUAGUUGAUAACAGAUUGUAAUAAUGUAUUUAGGCCCGUUUGAUUUCAAUGUAGUGCAAUUGUAAUAGGAAUCCUAUUACGCGUAAUCAUAAUAUCAAGUUAGUUGCAAUGCGCCUGUUUAUUGCCA